AGCAAACGUCUGACGUCAUAAAUUUCGUAUCGCGCACAAUGAGUUUCUUUAAAUUUUAAAGUUUUUAAAAAAUUAAUUAAACUGUACAUUUUAAAAUUUUAAAUAUAUUUUGAAAUUCAAAAUUCCAUGAAAUGUUUGAAUUUAAAUUACAGCUAUCACUGAAGAUUGUCAAGUGUAAUAGUAAUAAAAUAACGGGUAUAAAUUUAACGUCAUUGAAUCUAACCUCCUAGAAUGGAGUACUUGGGUGAGAUAAUAGCUCUAGGUCUCGACAGUAUUAUCCUGGGGAUAUGUCUUAGACAAUAUUUCCACUGUCAGACGGCAAUAAAUUCUGUCAAGGAUAUCCAAGUCCAUGAUGUAGGAGUUAAUUUAAAUGAAUUAAUUAAAUCAACACCAAAUAACAAAUUUAAUUACAUUGCAAUCCGUGGUAUUGUUCGACCACUUGGUAAACCUCUUUAUGGAGUAUAUAAUCCAACGAUCACUGGUGUCAUCCAGCGACUUACUGUCAAAGAGCAUGUGGUUGCCAGAACUACCGCUGGAUUUUGGUCAGAUCAAGAACGUACGAUGCAAGAAGUUUACAAUGCAGUACCUUUUGCUCUACAGAAUGGAUCACAUAAAGUGGAAGUAAUCGAUGCAUUGUCCGCGGAAAUUCUUGACAUGGAUGUUAUAUCCGAUGAAUUUAAACCAAGCGCGCCAACAAUAACCGACCAUAUUUGGGGUUUUUUCACGGGAAUACGUCAGAGAGGAUUGCAGUCAACUGAAGAAAUGCUACGCGAGGGUGUAAAAAUGACGGGAGUUGGAGAAAUAACAACAGAUAAAGCUGGAAAUUUGACAUUACAACCACCAGCGGAUGGUACUCCGUUUUAUUUAACGACUAUGAGCGUUGGAUCGUUACUAAGAAAAUUGGAUGAACGUCGACGUGUCUACAGGUGGCUGUGUGUGAUAUUUGGAGCGAUAGGUCUAGUUAUUGGAGGAAUGCUAGCCCGCAGAUACUGGAAAGACCGCGAGGAAGAAAGAAUAUCUGAGGAAUUGCGUCAGAAUUUGGCGGAGACACGAAAAGCUCGUCGUCAGAGAGUAAGAGAUCGCGAGUUACGAGACGACCAACUUUGCGUAGUCUGUCGCGACAACCCGAGAGAAAUAAUUCUGUUACCAUGCGGGCAUGUUUGUUUAUGUGAAGAUUGCUCAGGAAGUAUAAACGAUUACUGUCCCGGUUGUCGGACAGCCAUCGAGCAAAAAGCCGCUGCCUACAUAAUUUGAUGCCGCCUUAAAUUUUAGACAUUUAGGAUAAAUAAAUGAAAUUGUUUGAAAUAUGUGGAAUAUAAAUAAGUGUAAAAACUGUAUUAUAUACAAAAUA